AUGCUAACUCGGGCGGUUACGGGUCUUAUGUCCUUGGCUGUGGAGCCCAUUGGGCGAGCGCUUGGUGGCGCCAAGAACCUUUGGGCAGCUGAAAAUUUUAUUCUUGUUGGUGGCUUGGCUAUGAUGCUUUACAUCACCAAGCUAGUUAAGGAUGAAAGGCUCGAGUGCAAUGAUUUAACCUUUACUCGUGAGCCCUCCAACGGCAUUCGGGCUUGGGUUUUGCACUUUUUCAGCGUUCUCGUCAUUCCCCUUGCGAUAACAUUGAGUGUCGCGUCUGCACUAGCAUCCAUCUACUCAAACGAGAAUCGGGCAGGAAAAGUGAGAAAUGAACUAGGUUACUUCGCCGUCUUCUUUAGGAGAUUCGAUGAUAUGUUGUCAUUCACGGUGACAAAAGCAUGCCACGGACUUUGCGUAAAUGUGAAAACCUUAUCAAUUUUCUCGAUCCUUCUUCUUCUAUUUUUGAUGGUUGUGGCUCUAUCCUGCGUCCAAAACAACCUGACAUUAAAUGAGGAGGAGUCACGUGAGAGGGAAGAGGAAGAUGAUAGAUGGGCAGUGGUGGCCUUGUUCUCAUUCUUCUGGUACAUCUCUGAUUGGAUGGGGAGCGAGGUGCAGAGUGGGGAGCAUGGAAAGCUUUACUCUGUUGCAAUACCAUUAUAUACCAUAGGCUACUGGUAUGGAGCUCGGUGUCUUAUGCUAACUUGGGCGGUUACGGGUCUUAUGUCCUUAGCUGUGGAGCCCAUUGGGCUAACGCUUGGUGGCACCAAGAACCUUUGGACAGCUGGAAAUUUUAUUCUUAAUGGUGGCUUCCCUAUGACGCUUUACAUCAGCAAGCUAGCUAAGGACGAGCGGCUCAAGCGCAAUAAUUUAACCUUUACUCGUGAGCCCUCCAACGGCAUUCAGGCUUGGAUCUUGUGUUUUUUCGACGUUCUCGGUAUUUUUCUUACGAUAACAUUGAGUGUCGCACCUGCACUACCAUCCAUCUACUCAAACGAGAGUGGUGCAGGAAAAGUGAGAAAUGAACUGGGUUACUUCGCCAUCUUCUUUAGGAGAUUCGAUGAUAUGUUGUCAUUCACGAUGACAAAAGCAUGCCACGGGCUCUGCACAAAUGUGAAAACCUUAUCAAUUUUCUUGAUCCUUCUUCUUCUAUUCUUGAUGGCUGUGGCUCUUUCCUGCGUCCAAGACAAGCCGGCAUUACCUGAGCAGGAGUCACGUGAGAGGGAAGAAGAAGAUGAUAGAUGGGCAGUGGUUAAAUGCUUUUGA